AUGGAUCCCCCUCCGGGUCUUCGCCGACAGGGGGAGACUCUUGUACGCCGGCUCAACAAGUCUCUUUACGGACUCAAACAGGCAUCCAGAACUUGGUUCACCACCUUCUCGGAUGCUAUUCAGAACGCCGGAUAUUGUCAAUCGAAAGCGGAUUAUUCUUUGUUCACCAAGGUCCAAGGUACUUCAAUCACUGUCAUUCUUAUUUAUGUGGAUGAUAUACUUAUCACAGGAAAUAAUAUCCAAGAGAUGGAACAACUUAAAGCAUUUCUUCUCAAACGCUUCCGCAUCAAAGACCUUGGUGAUCUAAAGUAUUUUCUGGGUAUUGAGUUUGCACGCUCAGAAAAGGGCAUUUUUAUGUCACAAAGAAAAUAUGCACUUGAUAUUUUACAAGACUCAGGGUUACUUGGUGCACGACCAAAUUUUUUUCCGAUGGAACAAAACUUGGCACUUACAUCCACAGAUGGAGCAUUGUUGAAUGACCCAACUAAAUACAGAAGGUUAGUUGGGAGAUUGAUAUAUCUCACUGUUACUAGAUCGGACAUCGUUUAUCAUGUUCGUACUUUGAGCCAAUUUAUGCACGAGCCACGGAAACCGCAUUGGGAUGCAACUAUGCGAAUCCUUAAAUAUAUCAAAGGGACUCCUGGUCAAGGUUUACUAUUUUCUGCCAACAAUAAUCUAGACUUGAAAGCUUUUUGUGAUUCUGACUGGGGACGAUGUCGUACUACGAGAAGAUCAGUUACGGGAUAUUGCGUUUUUCUUGGCAAUUCACUCAUUUCGUGGAAGUCCAAGAAGCAAGAUAAUGUGUCCAGAUCAUCAGCUGAGGCAGAAUACCGUGCUAUGGCAAACACUUGCCUGGAAAUAACUUGGCUGCGUUACAUAUUACAAGAUUUACGAGUUCCUCAGAAAACUCCCGCUUCAUUGUUUUGUGAUAAUCAGGCAGCCUUGUACAUCGCAGCAAAUCCUGUUUUUCACGAACGUACCAAGCAUAUUGGGAUAGAUUGUCAUAUAGUUCGAGAGAAAUUACAAGCUGGUAUAGUUCGUCCUACGUAUGUGCCUACGCUUUUUCAAUUAGCUGAUAUAUUCACGAAGGCUUUAGGGAAGGAUCAAUUUGUGAAGCUGCGAGACAAGUUGGGCGUUCGUAAUCUUCACUCUCCAACUUGA